AUGGACUUCAAGUGGGCCGGGCUGAGUACUAUACCACAUGAGAUUGGUGAUCUCCCAAAUUUGGAGAAAUUGAACCUUGGUGUUAAUAAUCUCAACGGCCUCAUCCCAUCCUCAGUCUUCAAUAUGUCCACACUAACAUGGAUCUCGCUUUUUUCCAAUCAACUCUCAGGUAGUCUCCCUGUAAACAUAGGCCUUGGGCUUCCAAACCUACAAGAGUUGUAUCUAGGAGGAAAUAAGCUGGGCGGAGUAAUUCCCAAAUCCAUCUCCAAUGUUUCGCAGCUCACAAUCCUAUACAUGGUCAACAACAGUUUGAGAGGUACUAUACCGCAUGAGAUUGGUGAUCUCCCAAAUUUGGAGAAAUUGAACCUUGGUGUUAAUAAUCUCAACGGCCUCAUCCCAUCCUCAGUCUUCAAUAUGUCCACAAUAACAACGAUCUCGCUUAUUUCCAAUCAACUCUCAGGUAGUCUCCCUGUAAACAUAGGCCUUGGGCUUCCAAACCUACAAGAGUUGUAUCUAGGAGGCAAUAAGCUAAGCGGAGUAAUACCCAAAUCCAUUUCCAAUGCUUCGCAUCUCACAUUCCUAGACAUGGACGGCAACUCAUUUUCUGGCUCUAUUCCUAGCACGCUGUGUACCUUAACAAAACUUCAAAUGCUUAGAUUAGAUUGGAACAAUUUGACGAUCGAUUCUUCUACUGAAGAAGUUGAUAUGCUAUCUUGUUUGGCCAAUCUUAGAAAUUUGACAAAAUUAGAUCUCAGUAGAAAUCCGUUAAAUGCAAACCUUCCCAUUUCCUUUAGGAAUCUGUCUACAUCACUUCAAAAUGUUAGAUUAGCUAGCUGUAACAUGAGAGGUAAUAUUCCCAAUGAUAUGGGCAAUUUGAGCAGCUUGAUCGACCUACACUUGGGAAACAAUCAAUUGAGUGGACCAAUACCAACCUUCAUGGGAGGACUACAGAAUCUCCAAGUUUUGCAAUUGAAUGGUAACAAAUUGCGAGGACACAUCCCGGAUGAACUUUGUCAGCUAGAAAACCUAAAUGGAUUAUUUUUGGGUGGUAAUCAACUUACGGGUUCUAUACCUUCAUGCUUGGGCAAUUUAACCAAAGCACUAAGAUUUCUAUCUUUAAGUUUCAAUCUGUUGAAUUCCACAAUACCAUCUACCUUGUGGGGACUCUCUGAUAUCUUGAAUUUAGACUUGUCAUCCAAUUCCCUAACUGGACGUCUCUCAGAUCGUAUUGAUAAUUUGAAGGUUGCGGCGGUCAUAGACUUAUCAAACAACCAAUUAUCCGGUAGCAUACCAGGCACCAUUGGGGGUCUCCAAGCAUUGAUUUGGCUUUUCUUGAAAAAUAAUGGUUUUGAAGGCCCAAUUCCUGGUUCAUUUGGCGAAUUGCUAAGCUUGGAAAGCUGUGAUCUAUCCAAGAACAAUUUGUCAGGAAUAAUUCCAAAGUCUCUUGAAGCCCUCUUAUAUCUCCGGUAUCUAAAUCUGUCUUUCAACAAACUCCAAGGAGAAAUUCCAACUGGUGGAACUUUCCUGAACCUCUCUGCCCAAUCAUUUUUAUCAAAUGAAGGACUAUGUGGUGCACCACGAUUUCAUGUCCCGCCAUGCAAAAGGAAAAGUGAUAGAUCUAUACUCAUGCGGUUGAAAUAUAUUGUUCCAGGGAUCAUAUCAGCACUAGUACUCCUAGUGUCGCUUGUAUUAAUUUUGAUCAUACGCAGAAAAAGAAAGGCGGAAGUCGCAAGUGAGACUACCUUGUCACCUCAACUUCAAGAGACUACCUUGUUACCUCAACUUCAGUGGAGAAGAGUAGCAUACCAAGAACUUCUAAGAGCGACCAAUCGAUUUGAUGAAUGCAACCUACUUGGCAUUGGGGCUUUUGGCACAGUGUACAGAGGAACACUUUCAGAUGGGAUAAAUGUUGCCAUAAAGGUUUUUAAGCUAGAGUUGGAAAGGGCAUUUUCAAGUUUUGAGCGUGAAUGUGAAGUCCUAAGCAACAUUUGUCACCGAAAUCUUAUCAAAGUCAUCAGUUGCUGCAGUCAAAUUGAUUUCAAGGCCAUCGUAUUGAAUUACAUGCCUAAUGGGAGCCUCGAGAAGUGGUUGUACUCUCCCAACUUUUCUCUGAACAUCCUGCAGAGGUUGAACAUAAUGAUAGAUGUUGCAUCGGCAGUGCAGUACCUUCAUCACGGUUAUGAUACACCUAUUGUCCAUUGUGAUUUGAAGCCAAGCAACAUACUACUAGAUGAUGAUAUGGUCGCAUAUGUUUCUGAUUUUGGCAUUGCAAAAGUCUUGGGUGGAGAAGAUUCCAUGACUCAAACCCUGACCUUAGCCACAAUUGGGUAUAUGGCUCCAGAGUAUGGACUGGAAGGAAUAGUCACCAGAAGAGGGGAUGUGCACAGUUUUGGUAUUCUGCUUUUGGAAACAUUCACAAAGAGGAGGCCAACAGAUGAGAUGUUUGAUGGGGAAAUGAGUCUAAAGCAAUGGGUUGAAAAUGCAUUAUUUGCAGAUGCAAUAGUUGAAGUUAUUGAUACCAGUCUACUUGGGAUUGAGGAAGAUCAUGCUUUUGUUAGCAAGAGGGAGUGUAUAUCAUCCAUUAUGAGAUUAGCUCUUGCUUGUUGUGUAGAAUCACCGGAACAGAGGAUAAAUAUGCAAGAGGCUCUAGCAACUUUGGACAAAAUCAAGAUCAAGUUUUUGAUGGAUGCCUCAGGAGGUGUGGUGAAGAACCAUCAUCUAAUUGAUGUAUUGCAUGUAUGA